UCAUCGAGCGAGGCGUGAGCUGCUGAAAGAUGGCCAUCCUGGAGUCUUGUUGCUUUUGGAAGGAUGUGCGUAGCGGCAGCUUUGCCUGCGCCAUCUACACGUUGGUUUACUUUGGCUUCUCGACGCUGAUGUUUUUGUUCUACUUGUUCGAGGAGCAGGAUUUUCUGCUGGGGAACCGUGCCCAGCCGAUGGGCGAGAGUUUGCUGGAGAAGGGCGAUGUGACUGUAGUGACUGUGAUAUUCAACGUUUUGUUACUCUUUUGCUCCAUACUGAUGGUCCUGUCGUCGGUUCUCCUGAUAUUGGGUCUCCGGCAGAGCAAGCGACAUCUGUUGAUACCCUGGAUCCUGUUCAUGCUGGGCGACCUGCUCAUCGAGGUCUGCCACCUGGUGCACUUGUCCCUCUCCCGCCGCGUCAAAUUCGAUCCGAUUGUGGGUUUCAUCUUCACCAUGGACUUCUUCCUCCUGUGCCUCAACCUCUACUGUCUGCUGUGCGUCAUCUCGCAGUACCAGACGUUCCGCUCCCAGCGAGCGGAGCUGCGUCGGGCGGACUCGACGUCCUCGCCUAUUGUGGUCUUCACAGCGGCCGAGAAGCUAGCCAAAUCGCAGCAGCAACUGCAGCAGACGCACCAGCAGCAGCAUCAGCACAACAGUUUGCUGCAGCAGCUGGAGGCCGGAACCGGAAAUGGGAAGCGGCGGCGCAUGCUGGGGGCAGCCAGCCCGCUGAUAACCUCGCAGCGGCUGACCAACUUCUCCACCAUCACCGAGGAGGACGAGCAGCAGUCCCGCACAGGCCCCCUUUCGGAGCAGUCGAAUGCAGAGCAACUGGCCCGAAUUCCAAUUAUCACUCUGGCCUCCAGCCCAGCUCAUUGCAGUGAUGCCAGUGCAACGCAUCACUAAGCCAACGUUACGGGGUCCCAAUACCAAUGCCAGCAGAGAUUAAAGCCAGAGUUACGAUAUUUUUACAAAUUGAUUGACCCGACAUAGCAGAAUAAAGGAAAUAAGA